UUUCAAAUCUUUUUCUUCAUGAUAUUUUAAAGAAAAUAUUUUUUUAAUUAAUAUUAUCAUAUCAUGUGAUAGUAUUCAUGACACAGUUUAAUCCUUUGAAAUACUGUAUUUGACACAAAAUUGAAACCAACCCAUUGUUGCUACUACUUUUACCACAUCCAGCUAACGUUCAGCGCCAAACUUCAAACAGGUGGAUGAACUUGUACUUGUGUUACAGUAUAGAGACGUGUCACAAGAUGGUAUAGCGUCUCCAGAGUUUGGCUUGGUUAAUACCAAGUUAUAAUAUGAAAACAACGAAGGAAUUAGCCAGAGAGCUUGGCUUAUUAAGACAGAGGAGACAUCCGGGUGCAGACCAUCCAUCAAAGAGACCAUUAACAAAAUACCAGGACUUUUCAUAUUUAAUUGUCUUGGAUUAUGAAUCAACAUGUUGGGAGCAAAGAAAGUUUCAGACUCAAGAAAUCAUUGAAUUUCCUGCUGUGUUGCUGAAUACCUCGACGGGGGAAGUGGACAGCGAGUUCCAUUACUAUGUAAUGCCUGAGGAGCAGCCAAUGCUAAGUGACUUCUGUAAACAAUUGACUGGUAUUACCCAGGAACAAGUGGAUAAUGGAAUUCCUCUUCGCCUUUGUUUGAGGAAGUUCUCCCAUUGGUUGGACAGCCUGCAGAAAGAGAAAGGUCUUGUGUUUGGUCCACCUUCAGAGGAUUCAGCAGACUCUGCAUAUACAACAUUUGUUACUUGGUCAGAUUGGGAUCUUGGAACUUGUCUUCUCAAUGAAUGUAAAAGAAAACAGCUGAUAAAACCAUCACAGUUGAAUAACUGGAUUGACUUGAGGGCCACAUACCGAAAAUUCUAUGGUAGAAAACCAAAUGGAUUAAACGGAGCUCUACAAGAUCUGGGCAUUGAAUUUGAGGGCAGAGAGCACUCUGGUAUUGUUGAUGCCAGGAACACUGCCACCUUGGCCUACAGAAUGAUGUGUGAUGGAUGUGUCAUGAAGAUCACCAAGACACUCAAUACAGGGAAGAAAUCGGAGAAUCCUACCAUAGCCUCAAGACUGGUGAACACCAAGAAACCAGCGACUCCAACUAAAAGUCCAUUACCAAAGCGUAGGAAGCUGUCUGAUGCUGAUAAUAAGAGCAAUGUUGUGAUGGCCACGCCAGACAAAAAUUGCCACAGUUUUAUAAAACCAAUACUCCGAAGAUCCCCAAGACAUCUGACCAAAACUGAUAGUCAAGUUGUCUCCCCUGUCAGAAGAUCCCCAAGGUUAAUGAAGAAAAGUAGACAUUCUGUGGAAUUAAAGUCCACUUUGGGAACAAACUCUACCACUAGGUCUACUCCAAAAAAGCACAUAAUCUCCAAAGGACUUUCAACAAAGCAGAUAUUCCUAGAUGGUAACAGUAAAUCAGGUGAGCUGUGUAAUUCACAUAGCAAACCAGGCCUAACUAAUAGAAAUGGAAAUGUGUGUGUAACAUGUGAAUCAGAUAAGCAGCCUACGAAAACUCUGAACCUGUGUCACACAGGAAAGGGAGGGCACUCCUGUGACAGAUCCCAAAUAUCCAGGGCAGAAGUACAAUUCAAACAUCCUAGUCCCAAUCUUCAGUCUUCAACAUGUAAGAGAUCACCGUUGAGUGUUACCAAUUCUACUAUGAAUUCCAGCAAAUCAGUCCUAAAAACACCAGAAACUAGCAUGUCAUCAACAAUGAAAGCAACACCACCUUUGUGUAAAUGUGGCCGUAGGUCAAAGAGAAGAAUGGUCCAAUCUCCUGGACCAAAUCUUGGAAGGUUCUUUUUUUCAUGUUCAGGAGGGAAGACGACAGAUCGGAAUGGGUGUGGGUUUUUUCAGUGGGAAUCCUCCACCCAGAGUUCUGGUUCCACUAGCAGAAAUCGGAGCUUUGUUUCAAAGUACAAUUUGUCGGGUGUUUCUAAGCCAUUUACUCCUGUAUUUCAACUUGGAGAUAAAUGCAAUGGCUUUGCUCAACAGAGACGAAGUUUGGGAGUUAGACCCAAUGUAAAUAGAACCUGUAUCAGGUAAUGGGUUCUUUAUGUCUGACAUGCAACUUUAUUAUUGUAAUUUCUUUUGAUUUUUAUUCCCCUGGAAGAUUCGGGGUCAUAUAGUUUUUGUUCUGUCGGUUUGUGUGUCUGCAAAAACUUUAACCUUAGCAAUAACUUUUCAAUGUGUAUGAUAGGGCAUUCAUAUUUCACAUGUGUAUUCCUUGUGACAAGACCUUCCUAUUGGUACCAAAAUUCUUGACCUUUGGGUUUGACCAACUUUUGAAUUUUUAAAUCUUGGUCAUUAUCAAUUUUGCUGUCAGGGACAUUAAUGUUCACAAACACUUCUUUUGAUCUAAAUGAAAACGGAUCUUAAAUAAGAUCCUUGUUUUAUAUUCCUGGAUACGAGUUUUAUACUAGUUACUAUUAAUUGGGUAGAAACAAACAGCUUUCAGACUUUAUUCGAUGACUAUAUUUUUAUAAAAUUGCAUUUUUGAAAUUAAGAAGUUAUUCAUUAUUUGAAUGAGGCAUUGAUUAUUUGCUAUUUUAAAAUCCAUUUGUUGCAUAGGAGCUUGUGAUUUACACUGUUUAGGACCUGUGUUCAAAGUACCUAAUCCCUCAGAUAGACUUACCCUUUAGUUAUUGACACAGUAAAUGAAACUGCUGUAGCUUGUGAAUGGAUUAAAUGAACUUCUGAUGUGGGGAAUAUUUUUUUUAGAUAUCUGAUCAAGAAUUCAUAAAUUUUAAAUCAAAUUUCUUUUUUCCUGAUGUGAUAAAUUUUCAAAACAUAAAAUAGACUGUCUGCUAUCAAAACACAGACUUUGAUAUCAUUCACCUUCGUAAGUUCAAAGGGAGUAAGUAGACCAUAAAAUCACGUCCAAUCUACACUCCAACAUUAUGGACUUACCCAGAAUGGUACUGUACUCUUCAUACUUUGUCAGUGUGUAGAGAUAUUGUGAGAUUCAUACAAUAGCAAUAAGAUGAAUUGUUAAAAGCUUUUAUAAGAUCCCAUAUGGGAUUCAGGUCAUUGAAAGGAGUCUUUGAUUUGUAUUAGUGAGUUGGAUCUUACUAAAAAAAAAACAGCUUGUCAUUGGGGCUUAAUGUCUGAAGCCUCAACAUCUGAUGUCACUUCAGGUGUAUACUCAGUUUUAAACUUGCUGCAAACUAUUGGUUUGAUCUUUGAAUGUUAUUCCAUAUGGAUCUUUUUUCCAAGUCUUCUAUUUCAUGCAGAAAUUAAAAAAGAAUUCAACACAAACUUUCAUUAUUUUAUUAAAUGAUUGAUGAUUAUGUUGUAUCUAGUUUACUUCCAUUGAAGAAUUUCAUUUAUUUUCUUGCUGCUUCAGAAAUGCAAAUUAAAAAAUUUGAAU